CAAUCAUGUCUUCCUUCACUUUCUUGCUCCUCUGCAUCCAGGCUUGCCUGAUCCAGAAUGCCUUCUCGCAAGUGCUAGGCUACUACAACCCCAUGGACGUUGAAGUCGACGCUCUCAGCUACGGAAUCUCUGGAGGUCUCAGCGGUUACGGAGUCGGCGCCUCUGGAUACGGACUUGGCAGCGCCAACAUCGGACUUGGCGGCGCCAGCGCAAUCGGUUAUGGCAGCGCCAAUGUCGGACUUGGCGGCGCCAGCGCCAUCGGACUUGGCAGCGCUAACAUCGGACUUGGCGGAGGCGCUAUCGGACUUGGUAGUGCUAACAUUGGCGGCGGCAACUUAGUCAGUCUUGGCAACGCCAACGCAAUCGGACUUGGCAGCAUCAACGCUGGUGGCUGGUCAGCAGGCAACGUUGGCAGCGGCUUCACUGGCGGAUACGCCCCCUCAGACGUUGCCGCCGUUGCCGCUCUGCCAGUCUCUGGCCCGUACGGCGGUACUGGCUACGGAGAAUUGGCCGUCGGAGGCGAUUUCAACGCCGGUGGUACCGCCAUCGUGACCGGCCAGCUGCCAGUGCUUGGUGCGGUGUCGUUCAAUGGCAACAUCCCCGCCAGUGGCGUCGUGUCCAUCGCUGGCAACUGCCCCUGCGGUGGCGUGAGACUGUUAGUAGAUGUUAGGACGGCCGAAACCUUCACUGGUGAUGCCGACCUGUCCGCUACCACAUCCACAAGUGGCCACGCCAGACCCAGCAGUGGGCAGGGCGCCUUCGAAGGCCACAGCGCUCAGGAACGGCAGCUGACCGGUCACCAGCAGGUUUCCUUCGAUGGCAUUUUCAGAAGCGACGGCAAGAACGCCUUCUCCCAAUACGCGGUCGCCAACGGCUAUGGCUACAGUAACGUUGACAUUGACAUUGACAUCGAUGCCACAGCUCUUGCCCAGGCUCUUGGCUACGGAAACGCCCAGGCUCUUGGCUACGGCAGCGCUCAGGCACUUGGCUACGGAAACGCUCAGGCACUUGGCUACGGAAGCGCAGAGGCUCUUGGCUACGGCAGUGCCCAAGCCUACGGCAGUGCUCAGGCCUACGGAAGCGCCCAGGCACUUGGCUAUGGCAGCGCUGAAGCUCUUGGCUAUGGCAGUGCCCAAGCCUACGGCAGUGCUCAAGCUGUAGGAGGCGCUCAGGCUUUGGGCUACGGCAGUGCUCAAGUCAUUGGUGAUGCUCAGAUCUACGGACUUAGCGAUGCACAGAUAUAUGGAGUAGGCGCUGCUCAGGCCAGCGGUUACGGUGCUGGUCAGGUCAUAACUGGUGCCCCAGUCAACGUUGGUUACACCGGCUCCAGUCUAUACGGUUCAGGAAUCGCCGACGUGGCUGCUGUAGCGACUCUGCCUGUCGCUGGACCUUACGGCGGCACUGGCUACGGAGAUUUGGCGGUCGGCGGCUCACUGCAGGCUGGUGGCACUGCCAUCGUGACUGGCCAGCUGCCAGUGCUUGGCGCGGUGUCGUUCAACGGCUACAUCCCCGCCAGUGGCGUCGUGUCCAUCGCUGGCAAUUGCGGAUGCGCUGGACCUAAACUGUGA